CUUUUUUCUCUCUAAGUUUUCAUCAUCAUUUUAAGGGCACAAUGACAAAUCCCUUUUCUCCUUCUUCUUUUGCGUUUUAUCUGUUUUCAUUACCGACCUCACCCUCCAAUCAUAUAAACACCGCCUCUCUCACCACACCCCGCUUAAUACAGUCGAUGUCUCUCUACAAUCAAUUUUAUUUCAUGGAGUCGACAAUCCAACCAGAUACGACGUUGGAGUCGCUGAAGGACGGAGACGUUUUAUUGGUGGCGGCGGUCCGAGCUUCCAACGUUUUUUUUAUCAAACUGAAAUUGGUAUUCAACUUCUCCGUUUUCUAUCUCAAACAAUCGAAUCCAAAGGGAAAUAGAAAAGAAAAAGCAAGUAUCCCUUCAUGUUAUCCCGAUAAGUAG